UGGUAGCGGUAAUCGGGCGACCGUCCAAGCGCUUUCAAAACGAACCGAGCGCGUCGCGCCUAUUCCCAAAAAUCGUUCUCAAAAAUACCACCCAGCGAGUGUGUGUGAGUGUGCGAUUUGGCUGUUAUGUGUGGCUGUGUGCGUAUUGAAGUUGUUGCAUUGACAAGGAGCGACCGAAAACAACGCCCAGAUAAGUAGGCAACGGAUAUAUCAACUUCUUCUGACCUACUCGAGAAAAUAUAACGAAGAUAAAAGGCAGCGGGCAACGACGGAAUUCGCAAAGAGCCAAGCAAAAAUUUAAGUUGUUGUGCCAGUGUGUGUGGCUGAGCUCAAGUGUGCGUGUGUGUGAGGCGCCAACUUGCCCCGGCAGCAAAAUAUAAAUAAGAGUUCAGCCAAAUGGCAGCCCAAAGGCAGAAAAAGUGAAAAGCAUAUACCGCAGAAAGAAAUAUUAAAGAAAAUUAAAUUCUCCAGUGAAGUGUGACGAGAAAGAAAAGCCAUUCCGGAGAAAGUACGCACAAUUUGCAAAUCAAAGCAAGGCACUAGGAUCCGGUCUGGACUAUUAAACGCAUAAUCCGCGAUGGAAGGACGCCAACUGGAGCCCCAUAAGCAGUCGGCCAGUGUCUUGUGUCCCGUCCCACAAUCCUGUUCGUCGCUGAGUAACUGAACGUCUCCGUGGAGAAUGUCAGCUUGCAUGACAAUUGUAGCGUGCCGGCAUUCAGAAAACGCAGCAGCAGCAGGAGCAGCAACAGCAGACGACGCGGCUGAGCGAGCAGUACGUGAAGGGAUUCUCAAGAAGCAGCGGGAGUAAGACGAAAAGGACGCGCUGCGGCAGGAGCAAGGACAUCAUACAUCCCACAUCCAACAUUCAACGCACAUGCACGACAGGAGGGCUUAGCACCUGCACUCGAGCCGCAGACAGCAGACAGCAGAAGAGCCAACGCACGGAAUAAAUGUCUAAAACUGCCAUAUAAUAUUUUGCACAAACCCUGUUGUAAAGGAAAAUUGUAUAUGGGAAGCAAAAAGUGAGAAUACUUGCUGAAACAAGCAAAGCGGAAACCAGGCCACGCCACAAACAGCUACUUGUGGUCAAUUAUACAAGAGCGGAGCGAAAAAAAAGAUAAAACACCAGCCGGACAUUAAGUUGUCGAAAAAAUACCGACAACAUUGCGACGUGGCCAUUUUGACCAAUAAUAAUAAUGGUCAUGCUGCUCUCGAACCGACAACUCCCGCCAUCAGCAGCAACAAGAACGCGGCGGAAAGUGCCGCCCACGGCGAGGAGGUCGGGGUGGGCGUGGUCAUCUCUGCUAAUUCUGGUCGUCCUGAACAUAUAUAUGUCUGGAUGCUCGGCAGCCGGCAUAAGUUAUAGCAGCAACAGCGGCAACCUGAGUACUUCGCAAAAGAGUCCCUCGUCGGUGAAUAAUGGCGGACUCGUGCUGAUCGGUUCCAGCAGCGCCACUUCCAGUUCCGUACCCUCAUUAUCCCUCACUUCAUCAUCGUCGGCGGGCUUGUCGUCCCCCGGCAGCAGCUCAUCCUCCUCCUCAUCUUCCACGAGCACCAGCGGAUCAAAUGGCAGCAACCGCAGUGGAAGACCCACAAGCAAUAACAGCAACUCGAACUCGAACUACAGCCCGAACCAUGAUCAAUUACCCGCCCAGCUCUCCUCGCGGAUUAUCAACACACGCAAUGGCGCCAUAUCGGGCGUAAUUGUCCAAUUAGACGGAAGGCACUUGGAUCCGGUGGAGGCAUACCGAGGAAUACCCUACGCCUCGCCGCCGGUCGGCAAUUUGAGAUUCAUGCCGCCCGUCUCCGCGGCCAUGUGGUCAGGUGUCAAGAAGGCGGACAGAUUCAGCCCGGUUUGCCCGCAGAGAUUGCCGGACAUUCACAACGAGACGGCGGCCCUGGAACGGAUGCCCAAGGGCAGACUAGAGUAUCUGAAGCGAUUGCUGCCCUAUCUGCAGAAUCAAUCAGAGGACUGCCUCUAUCUAAAUAUUUAUGUGCCCAUACAAGUUGGAUCGCGUGACUCCUCGGGCAGUUCUUCGUCCUCGUCUGCCGGGUCCUCGACCUCCUCGUCAUCGGGAAGCGGAGGCUCCAGCUCAUCCUCCUCAUCGUCUUCAUCGUCCUCCUCGUCGGCUGGAAGUGGAAGUCCCGCCAAGUAUCCGGUGCUGGUCUUCGUGCACGGCGAGUCAUAUGAAUGGAACAGCGGCAAUCCCUACGACGGAUCCGUGCUGGCCAGCUAUGGACAAAUAUUGGUGGUAACCAUAAAUUAUCGCCUCGGAGUGCUGGGAUUUCUGAAUGCCAACACGGACCGCUACUCCAAGCUGCCGGCCAAUUACGGCCUGAUGGACAUCAUUGCAGCGCUGCACUGGCUUAAGGAGAACAUCGCGGCCUUCGGCGGGGAUGCCAACAGCAUCACCCUCGCAGGACACGGAACGGGAGCCGCCUGCGUUCACUUCCUCAUCUCGUCGAUGGCCGUGCCGGAGGGCCUGCUCUUCAACCGAGCCAUCUUGAUGUCCGGAUCAGGCCUGGCACCAUGGUCAUUGGUCAGUAAUCCGGCCAAGUACGCUGCCAUCGUGGCCCACCACGUGAACUGCGCCUCAGACCUCCCACACGCCCACCUCAUGAAGUGCCUGCGCGAGAAGACACUGGACCAGCUCCUCAGCGUGCCCAUUCGUCCGCCGGAGUUUGGCUUUGCCUUUGGGCCCAGCAUCGACGGCGUGGUCAUCGACGGUGGCGACUACGUGCCCCCCGCCCCCGGAUCUCCGGCGGCCCAGGCUCAGGCUCAAGCUUCCACGGCCGCCGGCAAUGGACUGGGCGGAGAGGCGGGAAUCGCAGCUGCGGGCGGCUGGGGAACACCGGGACAACUCGAGAAUAUCGUAUUAAUGAGAAAAACUGCCAUUAACAAGUUGUCAAGGUACGACCUGAUGGCCGGCGUGACACGUGCCGAGGCCUUUUUCAGCUUCAAUUCGGGCGACGUGCAAUAUGGAAUCGAGGCGGAUCGACGGUCGAGAAUUUUAAAGGCCUACGUACGGAACACGUACACGUUUCAUUUGAACGAGAUAUUCGCCACGAUUGUCAAUGAGUAUACGGAUUGGGAGAGGCCCGUGCAGCAUCCAAUUAAUAUCCGGGACGAAACACUGGAGGCGCUCAGCGAUGCUCAGGUGGUGGCUCCGGCGGCUCAAACGGUGGAUUUGCACUCGGCGGAUCAUCGCAACUCGUACUUGUACGUGUUCGACUACCAGACGCGAUUCGGUGAUUAUCCUCAGCGCCAGGGAUGCAUUCACGGCGAGGACCUGCCUUACAUCUUUGGUGCCCCGCUCGUCGGCGGUUUUAAUCACUUCACGCGCAACUACACGAAAACCGAAAUCAGUCUAUCGGAAGUUGUGAUGUUCUAUUGGUCCAACUUUGUGCGAACGGGCAAUCCAAAUGAGCAAAUGGAAACGGAGCAUGGGAGUCGCCAGGAACGGAGUCGCUAUAAAACAAUCGAGUGGACAGCCUACGAAAGUGUGCACAAGAAAUACCUAAAUUUUGACACCAAGCCAAAGCUCAAGAACCACUAUAGAGCGCAUCGCCUCUCCUUCUGGCUAAAUCUUAUCCCGGAUCUGCAUAAGCCAGGAGGCGACAACGUGCCCGCCGCACACCACCAACUGCACGACGAUGACGACGAGGACAACAACAUACCCAGCGAUGCCUCCGUGAAGCCUCUUAAUCCGCCUUACAUUUCACGGGCUGCCAAUGCGGCGGCCAUGGCAAACUUUACGAUUUUCACCAACCAGGUUUUCUCGCUGCUCAAUCUCAGUUCACCGUCCUCGUCGCUUCAAAGGAACGGGACACGCUACGGGGGCGGUAAGGUAUAUCCGGACGAUAUGAUGGACGGGGAUCCCGCAAGUGGGGCGGCUAGUGCCUCGCAGGAUAACGAUGGUUUUGCGGCCUACUCCACAGCCUUGAGUGUGACUAUCGCCAUAGGAUGCUCGCUGUUGAUCCUAAAUGUGUUGAUCUUCGCGGGAGUCUACUACCAAAGGGACAAGACACGACUAAGCGAGCCCAGACCCCAAACCAAGCUGAAGAGGCAGGAAAACGGACAAAUGCCGAAUAACAUAUGCGGGGAUCUGGAAACUCUGACCAUCCACGCGAAGAGCGAUCCCGCCACAAUACUGUCGCACCACCAUGCCAUGCAGCACCACCAACUGCCGCCGCCGGAAUUCGCAGACAUACCCCACCGAGCGCCGCCUCCUCCGAAGCACAUGAAAUCGCUGCAGGAUCCGGGGGGCGGUGGUUCGGUCAGCGGAUCGGUGGGCGUUUCCGGUGUGGUGCAAAUGCCGCCGCCACACGCCCUCCAAGUGAUGGGCAAUCAGUGCGGCACUCUGACCAAAAAGAGCUGCAUGAAGCAAACGCAGGCCCAAACCCAGCAGCACUCACCCGCCCAGCAGCAGCAGCAGCAGCAACAGCAACAGCAGCAGCAACAUGUGGUCACCCAUCAGCAGCACUUGCAGAAUCAUCAUAAUCAAAGCAUGACCACUGUGCUGACCACGGCCGGUGGAUUGGUGGUGCCCACGCCACCCACUGUGCCGGUGAUUGUGGCCUCCACCACACAGCACCAGCAGCAGCAGCAUCAGCAGCAUCAGCAGCAGCAUCAGCAUCAGCAGCAGCAGCAGCAACAGCAGCAGCAGCAUCAGCAGCAACAUCCACUGAUGGAUGAGCUGCGUGUGUGACAUUAAUUGACCGUGCGUUUUAAAUGUGAUCUCUAAACGCACAGCCUCCCCAGCCUCGUCAGCUUUUCAACCCGAACUCCUUUCCCAAUGCGUUUCAGCUGUCUCUAUAUAUAAAGUACAUAGUCUAUAUGGUAGCCCGAAAGAGUAAGAUCUGUGUCUAUCCAAUAUGCACAGAUGCUCCUCUCCGCUCAACUUUGUUGCUAGUUGGUUUUAAAAAUUAUUCUGUAAAUAGGUAACUAAGUGUAGAUUGUUGUCGAACUCUUUAUUAAGGAAUGUUAACUUGGAAUUACUACUAAGCUGCAAAGUCUUUAGAUUUUAGUGUUUAUUUUCUUUUGGAUGGAGAGCAUUUAACACUAAAUUCUAGUUACAGUUUCUUCAAAUUUCAUUUAUCUGUAUUAUUUUAUUUAGUGCAUAUGGGUGAUUGUACGCUUUAGUUUCUUCCAAUUUAAUACAACAAUAUCUAUCUCACUUUAUGUUUCAAGUAGUAUUUUUUCCAUGUCAUUAUGUGUUUAGCAACUAAUUAGGACCAAUCAAAACUAUACGAUUCCAAGUUACGGACAAGUUUCCUUCUCUUCCUUCUGUUGGCGUUAGUAUAAAAAAUUGUGGUAGAAUAAAUAUAGGAAAAACUAAGAGUGUUCUGAAUGCAAUAAGAACAUGAAAAGAACAUGAAUGUUAUUCUUCCAAAGACUGAAUUAUAAUUGUGUAUUGUGUGUAAAUAAAACUAGUUGCAGAAUUAAAAGUACUACUCUAUACGUACAAACAAACACUCAUAUAUGUAUAUUUUAGUUUUCAGAAGUAUUAAUAUGAGAAAGCAGUUUUUAACCAAACCGAAAACCAAAAGAAGACACAAGUCCAAGAAAAAUGGCAACCAUGAAAUCAAAUCAUGUACAGGUGAAAGGGAGCUGUUCCUUUAAAUUUUUGCAGAAGAUUUGUAAAAUAAAAGCUGUACAACUACCCCGAAAAACAAUAGACGUAAACUAAACUCACACUAAAACUGAACUAAGCUUUGGUCGACAGAAAGCAAACGAAAAAUAAGCAUGCAGGUACUUUGUUAUGUAACUAAAUAAAUAUUUAUAUAGCCAUUAAAAUUAAAUGCGUAUAUAAGCCCACACAAAAUAAAAAACAUGAAUUUCCUCUAUAUAGCUACACAAAUUUCCAGCUGCGGGAUAGUUAAAAAUUCCAUUAGGAGUUCAGCGGGGCAAUUGAAAUGCGCAUUGAAAUCAUAACAGAUAUUCAUUACUUUUAGUUGUUGUAUUAUAUUUUUUUUCGUUCUGAAUAAUAACCAUUUACAAACGGUUGCCCAAAAUUGUAACUAAAAUGGAAAUGAUACCCCAGAAAAACGGAAUGGGAAAAUUAAGCAAUGGAACAGCUCAUUAAAGUGAAACAGCACGAAAAUGGCAACAAUUUACAACGCUUAUUAAAAUACUUGUAUAUUAUAUAAACACAUUUAGCGGCAGUGAAAACAAAAGCGAAAAGAAAACUAUAAUGAAAAACGGAAACCAUUUACAGCCCCAUUGAGAAUGUAUGUUUAUAGCUUCUGUAUGCAUAUACAUACAUCUAAAAUUAAAUUUAUAUAUUAAUGUAAUGGUGUAAACAUAGAAUAAUUAGCAAAAUAAUACAACAAAUAUAUAUAAAUUAUAUAUAGAGUGCUACAUAACUGGCAAAACAAAAGGCUACUACUAAAACCAAAAGUCAUAAAAUCUAUUGCGUUAGAAAAUGUGUAACGAUUUUGCGAAAGGGACUUAGCAU